AUGUUUCCUAUCCAACUGACUCCAAAUCCGAAAGGAGUUAACCAGGUUAAUGGAUCAGGUAGUUCUAACCACGAUAAACAUAUCAAAGCAGUUAUCACCCUUAGGAAUGGUAAAACUUUAGAGAACUCGGUAGAACCACCUAAGGAUAGUAGUCCAGCUAAAAAAGAGACUGAGGUUGACCAAACUUCGUCUAAAGAUCCUAAUGGGCCUGAGAGUGCUAAGAUUCCAAGUGAGGAAGAUAUCCCUGAGAGAGUGUACAUACCACCUGCACCAUUUCCUCAGAGACUCGCUAAUAAAAAUCCUAGUACAUAUGCUGAAAUCCUAGACAUCUUUAAGCAAGUUAAGAUCAACCUGUCCUUGUUAGAUGCAAUAAAACAUGUACCGGCUAUGGCCAAGUUCCUAAAAGAGAUGUGCACUGUCAAGAGAGAAUCGAGUGUCCAUAAGAAGGCAUUUUUGACCCAACAAGUUAGUUCCAUAAUCUCACAAAAGUACCCAGUCAAAUUUAAAGAUCCUGGUUGUCCUACUGUCACAUGUGUCAUAGGUAGCCAAAAGAUAGAAAAUACUCUUUUAGAUUUUGGGGCUAGUGUGAAUCUUUUAUCGUUCUCGGUAUAUGAACAACUUGGACUAGGUGAGAUGGAACCAACUAGGAUAACACUACAAGAGCCGAUAGAUAAACCCUUCCCAUCAUCAGUUAAGGCCCCCACCCUUGAAUUAAAUCCGCUACCAGAUACGCUGAAAUAUGUAUUUCUUGGUAAUGAGAAUACUCUUCCUGCCAUAAUUGCCCCUGACUUAGAGCGCGACCAGGAAAGUAUACUAGUUAGUGUUCUCCGAGAGCAUAAGAAUGCAAUAGGGUGGACUAUAGCCGAUUUGAAAGGAAUUAGUCAUGCUGAUUGUAUGCACCACAUCUACUUACAAGAAGGUGCCAAAACCUCAAGAAAAAUGCAGAGAUGUUUAAAUCCGAAUAUGAAGGAAGUUGUUCGCACUGAGGUGCUCAAACUAUUAGAUGUGGGUAUCAUAUACCCCAUAUCUGAUAGUACAUGGGUCAGCCCUGUCCAGGUUGUCCCAAAGAAGUCUGGGAUUACGGUAGUUGCGAAUGAUAACAAUGAAUUUAUCCCUACCCGUGUUACUACCAGGUGGAGAGUUUGUAUAGACUACCGUAAGCUGAACUCAUCAACUAGGAAAGAUCACUUUCCUUUACCAUUCAUCGACCAGAUGUUAGAAAUAUUAGCUGGCCACAGCCAUUAUUAUUUCUUAGAUGGAUAUUAUGGUUAUAACCAAAUCCCUAUAGCACCGGAGGACCAAGAGAAAACAACCUUCACAUGUCCAUUUGUUGAACUUGAAAAUCCUAAGAAUGGAGAAACUUUCAAGGUUAACGGUCAAUGGUUGAAACCAUUCUUUGAGUUACCCAGUCAUGCAAUAGAAGAAUCGGAGAUGAGAGAUCCUGUCUACCAGGAUUAA